AUGAUGCAACAGCUGUUGCAGGGUCAGCAGGUUCAGGCUAAGGCGUUGAAUCAGCUUGCUCAAACAGUUGAGAGUGUCAAGAGGCAACAAGAGACGCUCCCUGAAAGAACUGAUAAAAAUCCUAGGACUGAGCACUGUAAUGCAAUAGAGCAGUCGUUCGCUGAGACUGCUCCAGGCGCAGAAGAGAGAGCAGAGCAGUCUGCUAGCUCUGGAGUGACUGCUCCUAGCGAACCUGCUGAGACUCCACCAUCUCGAGUCUAUGUUCCCAAGGUUCCCUAUCCAAUUCCACCUAGACAUCUGAUGGAUCCCAUUAGUGAAGAGCAGCUGAUAGGUUUUAACAAGAUGGUGAGAAGGCUUCCUAAAGAACUUGCAUUUGAAGAUGCUCUGCAGAUUCGUCCAUUGCUCAAGUUUUUUAGAAACUGUAGAGAGACUCAAGAGGAGAUCAAGGUCCUCUAUGCCAAAGCUCUGUCUACACCAGCACUGAAGGUAUUGCUUAAGGUUGAUGAUCAUGGAAAGUUUAUUUUCCCAUGUUCCAUCGCAGGAACAACCUUCAAGGACGCUCUUUGUGACUCUGGUUCUUGUGUGAAUCUCGUCUCAAAGGCUAUUGUAGACGAUUUGGGUAUUGCUGAUGUUGAGCAUUCUCAGCUGACCCUGACCUUUGCAAACUCUUCCAGAGCAGUCCCAUAUGGAACCAUCUGCAGCCUUCAUGUUCAAGUAGGGGAAUGCAUUGUUCCUGUUGUGUUUCAAGUUGUUGAGAUGAACAAGGAUCAUGAGAUGCCUUUGAUAUUUGGAAGGACAUUCAUGGCUACUGAUUGCUUUGUUUCAGGUGUACUCGGUCUUGAUCUCUUUUCAGCUCCGGACUUCUAUUGA